AUGCUUGCACACGGAUUAGGAACAGCAGCACUGUCAGCAAAAGAACCGGAGGCUCUCCCAGUUUGCGCCAUUCCAUAUGCUUUGACUGGUAUAUUUGGUUCUCUGAUUUGCUCAGUUCCGACAGUCAGACAAAGCUUGCUUUCAGAAUUCACUGCUUUAUAUGGUCUUGUUGAGAGUUCUUGUUAAGUCUUUUACUUUGAAAGGCAUCUAUGUCUUGCUUUUAUUUUGUUGUUUUGUAAGGCGGCUACUGGUAUCUUUGCAUGUUUUGGUAUCUUUGGUCUCUAUUGAAUUUGCAUGUAUUGGUUGAUGAUAAAGGCUAAUGCGUUUUGGCUUGGGUAGUGUUGAUUUGUUUGCAAUUUUGGAAG